ACUUCCGUUUGUUUGGGAGGUUUGAGGAACGAGGACGCUUCCGUGCGUUUCAGUUGAUUGUUUACUUCGGAUGGACCUGUAAAGUAAUACAAUUUUGCGUACUUCAAAGUUUCGCACGAGGCGUCGAGUCCUUCUGUGAGCGUAAACAGAGGUUUAAUGACACUGUUUUUGAACUUCGAUGAAAAAGCGAAGUUAAUAAGUUGAGUAACGUUACAAGUCAAUGGAGAAUAUUGCCACACUAAGGGCUGUGGGGCAUAAACCACAAGUGAAAACAAGCAGGACCAUAUGAAACUUCCGUCAGAAAAUGGCUACGCCGGCAGCAGUUUCCACGGAUGGAGCAAGCUCCAAUGUCUUUAUUUUGGAGGUUAUUCCAGCAGAAAGGUACUCCGGGAAAUCGAAAGAUGGCUUCUUCAGAGCUUCUUAGCGUCUCUGGUUCAUCCCAGACAAACAAAAAAACCAUGGGCCACCGAGGAAUUGACCCCACUGGGGAAACCACAUAUAAAAAGACAACAUCAUCUGCUCUGAAAGGUGCCAUUCAGCUGGGCAUCACACACAGUGUGGGAAGCUUGAGCCAGAAGCCAGAGAGAGACGUGCUCAUGCAGGACUUUGAAGUGGUAGAAAGCAUCUUCUUUCCCAGUCAAGGCAGUAACUCAACUCCAGGUCAUCACCAUGGUGACUUCAAGUUUAAAACUUAUGCUCCCAUUGCUUUCCGCUACUUCAGAGAGAUGUUUGGGAUCCGACCCGAUGACUAUCUGUACUCUCUUUGCAAUGAACCCCUUAUUGAGUUGUCUAAUCCUGGAGCGAGCGGGUCUCUCUUCUACGUUUCUAGUGAUGAUGAGUUUAUCAUCAAGACGGUACAACACAAAGAGGCAGAAUUCUUGCAAACACUCCUGCCAGGUUACUUCAUGAAUCUGAACCAGAACAUGCGUACGCUGCUUCCCAAGUUCUACGGCCUCUACUGUGUUCAGGCUGAGGGGAAGAACAUCCGAAUUGUAGUGAUGAACAACCUGCUGCCAUGCGCUGUACCCAUGCACCUUAAAUUUGACCUGAAGGGCUCAACGUGCAAGCGACGUGCUUCGCCGAAAGAGAAAGCCAAGGAUUUGCCCACGUGCAAAGACCUAGAUUUCAUGCAGGACAUGCCUGAGGGCAUAUUACUGGAGAGUGACCACUACAGCGCCCUCUGCAAGACCAUUCAGAGAGACUGUCGGGUACUACAAAGUUUUAAAAUCAUGGACUAUAGUCUGCUGGUGGGUAUCCACAACUUGGACCGGGCCGGUGAAGAGGCGUCUGCUGCAGUGCCUGAUACCCAGAAAAAGGCACCAGGCCAGAAGCCCCUGUACUGUACAGCCAUUGAGUCUAUUCAAGGGGAGUCCAAGGGCAAUACUUCACCACAGCCCUACGAAAGCAUGGGAGGAAUUCCAGCAUUUAAUUCGAAAGGAGAAAGAUUACUGGUUUUCAUCGGCAUCAUUGAUAUCCUUCAGUCUUAUAGGCUUGUAAAGAAGUUGGAGCACUCGUGGAAAGCUUUCCUGCAUGAUGGGGACACUGUAUCUGUUCAUCGGCCGAGUUUUUACGCAGAUCGUUUCCAGAAAUUUAUGUGCAAUACAGUCUUCAAAAAACCUCCUUUGAAAAUGCCAACCACAAAGAAAAGUCGAGGAGGAACUGCGUCUGGUGGGAAGAAGUCAAACAUUGCAGUAUCUGGACAAUCACAACAAGCCCUUCCUGUAGCAGCAGAACAAACGCAGCCACAACAGACUACAACACAGCUGUACAGCAGUGCAGCUGUGUCCCUCAGCCCAGACACUCAAGGAGACAGAGGUGUGCAGAUUUCUCGUCCAGACCUGCUCCCACAACAGCUGAAUGAAGAUGAGAUCACACGUAGCUCAGCUGAUACGACUCUGUCAGCAGCCUUCGCUGAAAGCUCUCAGCACUCAAACACUCCAGCUCAGAGUCAUAGCAGUAUAGCUGCCCAAUCAUCCAUGGAAAUCUUGGAUGUGGAAGCCAGUUUCACUCAGUGAGAUCAAAAACAUCAGAAUGAAAGCCUCUGGAUGAACAGAACAAAAUAAAGCCCUCAAGGACAACAAUUUGUUCUCUUUUGAGGUCAUCAGUACAGAAGGAAAGGAAAACAUUAAAGUAUGAUGGUCUUGCUGUAACACCUGGAGAACUGGAAACCAGAGAAUCUGGAUAACAAAAGAGAGAAGAGCACGUUCAUAAAACAGUGAAGACGUAAAGACAAAGAUGUCACCCCCCCACCUUUUUAUGUAUUUUUAUUUUUUUGGGAUGUCAACAGAAUGGCGUCCAAUAUUGCUGCUAUGAAAUGGAACCAAAAGAAAGAUGCCACUGUAGUACCUCAACGGUGUGAUAUUACUGUUAUCAAACAGUGCCAUAUUUACAAAAACUUUUUGAACCCGAGAUUGUUCACAGCAGGAGUGAUGAGAACUUUGCAUCAUGUGACCGCUUCUGGGGAACAAACAGGUCUUUUGAGUACCUUGGUGAGUUUUCUAGUGGACUUCAUUUGACCAUGCACCUUUUUUUUUUAAGUUGCCAAGGAGACCAAUCUGCAGGGGUCAUGUUAUUUUUAAGGGAAGAAAAGAAGUCUGGUUGAUUUUUUGUUUUUAUUGUCUAUUUUUAAGACAUUUUAGGAAUAUGGCUUGAUUAUUAACAACAACAAAUGUAGAAUAAGUCAAGCCAGUUCAGAUUGCCUGGACAAUCACAUAAGACACUUUUUCAAAUCUGAAUUGAUUAUAAUCUGUAAAUCGUUUUAUGAAUCGAUUUAAUUGCAGUACUGUGAUCUUGUAUUGGAUAUUUAAAUGUGCCUUAAUCACUAGUUAUUUAGUCUUGUCAUAAACAGGAAGCUUUUUACUGUGCAUUGUGCCUGUGAGUGGCAAAAACAAAAUCAGUCGGUCAUGUUUGAGUGUUAAAAUACAAUUAUUUUUAAAUCUAUAUUUGGAGCUUUCCAAGAAAAUGCUUUGGCCAGUUUUCUUUGCUUUACAUUGUUAGGAAAAACAUGCGAGAAAAAAUUUAAGGAGAAACAGGGUAAAAAGAUCACUUUUGUAACAAUGGAAGAAAGAUUGUAUAUCAUAUAUAAAAGCCCAAAUUCAAUAUUUUGGCUUGCGGGACACUUUUUAAAAAUGGUUGUUUUUUUAGCACACAAUAAUACUUCAUAUUUGGCAGACUAACUACUGUAAAAUAAAAAUAAUUUUUUUUAUAUAGUAUCAGAACAUUCAUCAGUAUUUUUGUAUGUCUACAUAAACUGGGUAGAAUAGCAACUUCUCUUAAGGUCUUUAGUUUUGUGAAGAGAAUUGAAAUCAGACUAAACUUAAUCCUAAACCAAAUCUUUUUAUUAUUAUUAUUAUUAUUAUUAUUACAUAUGUUCAUGCUAAUUAGUCUGUCUGAAUACAGAUAUAUUGGUAUGAAGAUGCAAAUGGUUGGACUAAGGGAAAGUUGCUGGAUCUUUUUCUGUGACGAUUUUUCUAAACAAAAGAAACAUUCCUGUAAAAAGUCAUAUUUAUUUGUAUGUUUGCAUGUAAUUUAUUUUUUUAUCUCAACAUCCUAAGUGUGUGAUACCCGGUGGCCAUGUAUAUUUGUUAGGGAAGGUGAUUUUUUUUUUUUUUUUUUACUGUACACUUAUGAUCGGGGAUUCCUGUGCAAUUAUGGUUUACUCUGAAAAUGCUGCCUUCAUUCUUGUUGUCUAUCAAACUGAGAAUGGUCUUAUGUGGUAUCUUUAGGAAAAUAUUCUACACUCUUACGAUGACAUUCAUGUAUUUCUGCUCUCUUUUAGAGGAUAUUAAGACUUUUGGAGUGGAAAAUGUUGCAACAUUUCAUGCUGUAUGCAAAUGAAUGAAAUAAAAAACACUGUAAAGUAGAA